GUGUGUGUGUGUGUGAGACAGCAGCUGAACGACACAAGUCAGAGAGACAAAGAGAGCGAGCGUGUUUCCUCAGCAGCUCACGUCCUCUCAGAGCUGAUCAGGUUUUGUAGCCUGUAGAUGUAGAUGCCACCGAGUGUGUGAGUGUGUGUGUGUGUGUGUGACAGUGUGUGUGACAUGCCUGAGGAGGAUUAUUAGUAACACAAACAUCACAAUGGAUUUCCAGCACCGGGCAGCUCUGGAUAUCUCCACCAGGAACCCUCAGGAUGAUUUUGAGGUCCUGCUGAGAGUCGGAGGAGGAACCUACGGAGAAGUUUACAAGGCACGAAACAAGCAGAAUGGAGAGCUGGCAGCCAUCAAGGUCAUCAAGAUGGAGCCAGAGGAUGAUUUUUCUAUCAUCCAGCAGGAAAUCGUCAUAGUAAAGAGCUGCAAACAUCCCAACAUAGUGGCAUAUUAUGGCAGCUACAUACGAUCCAAUAAACUGUGGAUCUGUAUGGAGUUCUGUGGAGGAGGCUCCCUGCAGGAUGUCUACCAUGUGACCGGUCCUCUGUCCGAGCCACAGAUUGCCUACAUCUGCAGAGAGAUGUUACAGGGUCUGGAUUACCUGCAUGCACAGAAGAAAAUCCACAGAGACAUCAAGGGUGCCAACAUCCUCCUCAACGAUCAGGGCGAGGUCAAGCUGGCUGACUUUGGGAUCUCAGCUCAGAUCACAGCCACUCUGGCCCGGCGGAUGUCCUUCAUAGGGACGCCAUAUUGGAUGGCACCAGAGGUGGCAGCAGUGGAGCUUAAAGGCGGCUACAAUGAACUCUGUGACAUCUGGUCUGUGGGCAUCACAGCCAUAGAGCUGGCAGAGCUGCAGCCACCAAUGUUUGAUGUUCAUCCACUGCGGGUCCUGUUUCUCAUGUCCAAGAGCGGCUACCAGCCUCCUAAACUGAAGGACAAGUCUAAAUGGUCCUCCAUGUUUUAUAACUUUGUAAAAGCCAUGUUGGUGAGGAACCCGAAGAAGAGACCCAGCGCCUCCAAGAUGCUCUCACACAUGUUUUUGACCCAGCAGUGCCUGAAUCAGGAGCUGACCCUGGACCUGCUGGAGAAGUAUCGAAAUCCUGAUAAACUGAAGACCCACAUGAUGACAGAGGAUGAUGAGAUGGAGGUGGUGGUGCCUGGAUCUUUAAAGAGGAUUCAGUCUAUCAACAAACACAACCAGGCGGAGCGGACAAACUCCGACAUAAGCUUGGAACAGAUCUAUACCCGGAGGCCAAUGAGGAAAGAGUCACCAAACGCAACGUUAUCACCUUCACUGGGAUCAACCGGCAGUAGCAAGAGUCCAAUGAGGGAUCAGGACACAGACUCAGACGAUGACUAUGAUGAUGUGGAUAUCCCUACGAUGCAAAACACCAGCAUCAUCAUGACAGCUGAUGACAUCCCACCUCCACUUCCUCCAAAGCCCAAAGCACGGACCAGCUCAGAGGAAAGCAUGGCAGGAGAAGACGAUCGGGCGAGGAAACCCUGCUCUCUGUACGCCCCCUCCCCUCUCAUCAGGACCUCCAGUGGGACGCAUGUCCGACCUACGCCACAGCCACGUUCCUCACGACACUCCGACCCCAUGUCCUUACCUGUCCAGUUGAAUGAAAACCCAGCAGACCUCGUUCCUCCUGAGCUCCCCCCUAAAGGCAUACGCAGACGGCAGACACCAUCAAAGCACCAUGCUGAGUGCGCCAGCCCCGUCAUGAAGAAACCUCCUGUCUACUUUAAAAAGAUCUUCCAUGGCUGCCCUCUUAAAAUAAACUGCUCCACGACCUGGGAAAACCCAGCUACCAAAGACCAGCAUCUGAUCCUGGGGGCAGAGGAAGGAAUUUACACCCUGAACCUCAACGGCUCAGAGGCCACGAUGGAGCUGCUGUAUCCUGGCAAGUGUACGUGGGUCUACACCAUUAAUAACGUGCUCAUGUCUGUGUCAGGUAAAUCUUCACAGCUUCACUCCCAUUCACUGAAAGAGUUGUAUGAACAGGCUCGGAAAGACCAGAGGAUGGUUGCCUUGCCGACUCACAGACUGUUACCAAGGAAAUGUGCGGUGACGUGUAAAAUACCUGAUACCAAAGGCUGCAAGACCUGCACAGCUGCAAGUAACCUGCAGCGAGGCUGUGUGUUCCUGUGCUGUGGUCUGGAGUCUAGUGUAGUGCUGCUGCAGUGGUACGAGCCCAUGCACAAGUUCAUGCUCAUUAAGAAUUUUGAUUUCCCCCUGCCUAACCCUGUGCGGGUGUUUGAGAUGGUGAUGGUGCCCCAGCAGGAGUACCCACUGGUGUGUAUCGGAGUCUCUCGGGGGUCCAGCCCCAACCUGCCAGUCAUUGUAGAAUACAUCAACCUCAACUCCAACACAUCCUGGUUCACCAACUCCGGCCUGGAGAAACCCAGCCCAGACGUAGUUCAAGUAAACCAGUUGGACAGUAGCUCACUGCUCGUCCUCAUAGAAAGGUCGGUACAUAUAGUUGGUCUGGAGGGCGAGGUGAAGAGCAACAGGCCUCCACCACACGACACCACCUUCUCUCAUGAUAUUGAGUCUAUAGUGUAUUUUGAGGACACGCUGCUGGCAGUGUGGCGUCACGGCUGGCAGAGAAGAAGACAUGGUUUCAGUGAAGUGCUGGAAGAAACCACCGACCACAGGAAGAUCUACAGGCUGGUGCAGACAGAGAAGAUGGCCAUCUUGGAGACGCGUCAGACCGACGACCAGUCGGGGCUGUCCAACCUUUAUGUCCUGGAAAUUGCUGAGAACUACGUCAUGCUAGCCUGAAUCUCCUGUCUGCUGUCAAAGGGCAUCAUGGGAAACUCCCAACUCCACUUCUACAUGAAUGCCUCCACCCAGGACUUUAAUCUGUCUUCAUUAAUUUCAACUGGAUACGCCACAGUAUUUUAUUUUCUAAUGGGACAAGAGGAGAAGGAAGGAAAUGAUGGAAGGACGUUGCAAAUUCAUACUGAAGAUUGUUGUGUUGUAGCCUUUAUCCCUCAGUCUUGGGGAGUGUGCUCUUAUUUAUGCUCAUUUCUACUUGGUUUGUGAGAUCCAGAACAAUCUCCAGAAUCCAGACAACUGAGAAAACCUGCACUGAAAGUGAAGGGGGGUCCUCCUCUUACACUAAAGGAGGAUCUACUUUUUUCUGCCACAGUAUUGUCUCACAGCAGCAGCAGCCGCCGCCUGCAGGGACUGAAAUAUAUGCUGUGUGUUUUGUAACCUGAGUUUGUAUGUCAGCGUUGGAUCAAAGAUACUGACUCCUGCCUGCCGUUACACUGUAAUAAAGUUAAUUACAACAAGA